AUGGUGCCUUCUCCCUUUGCUGGAAUUCAUCCCAGCCAACAUCCCUUUCUUCAUCAAAAUGCGCCAGUUGUACCGUCAAGGAAUGAUCGGCCCGAGAUUAUGACAUCCGUAAAAUCAGAAAUUACUGAACCGCCGCUUAAGAGGCUUCGGACAGAGACCGGUGCUAUCGACUCCAUUGCACUUUCCUCGUCUAUUCCACGAGCUGGCCUACCGAGACAGCAUGGCAGAGCCAAAAAUUCGCUACAAGACCAUGUCUUCGAAGGUUCGCAAAGCAACGGCGACUCUUCUGGAAUACUGUCACGGGCUGUCUCACGAUCAUUACACACCUCAGCCACGUCGACCUCGGUUUCCUCAUCUCUUGAGCCCGGAAAAUCGUCCACACCCCCCUCUACACCCGCCACCUCUAUCCCUACCCCUCCAACGACCUCCAAUCUCAGUGACGUCGAAAGCAAGAAGUUGGACCUGCCGAAAUGCCGGCCGCGGUCAUCCAUACCGUCUAAGCUGACGCCGGCAGUGUACGGCCAGCAGUGCGUGGCUGCGGCUUAUGCAUCUCGACUUGAUCCAUAUGCACUGCAUGAGAACGAACAAGAGCUUCUCCAAGACUCUCUCUGCCAUAUGCACGUGACCGUGUAUCUGAACAUUCGAAAUGGCAUACUCCGCCUUUGGACACGCAAUCCAAUGGUCAGCGUCAGCCGCGAAGAGGCGCUUGGUUGCGCGAAAGACUACCGAUGGAUGAACCUGGCUACAUUUGCGUAUGACUGGCUAGCGCGACACGGGUAUAUCAACUUUGGCUGCGUGGAGAUCCCUAUUCCAGUCGUACCUCCUCGUCGCGGACGUCGAAAGGACGGCCCCGUCAUCCUCGUCGUGGGCGCCGGUGUAGGAGGUUUGGGGUGCGCGAGGCAACUUCAAGGCCUUUUCAAACACUAUCGUGACUCCGACACUGAGCCCAGGGUUGUCGUUAUUGAAGGGCGACCAAGAAUUGGUGGCCGCGUUCACUCUCAUCCACUUCGCAGUCUUCAGACUGAUUCGCUACCAACGGGCCUCCGCCCCAAGGCAGAAAUGGGUGCUCAAAUCAUUAUCGGCUUUGAUCGCGGUAAUCCUCUCGAUCAGAUCAUCCGUGGCCAGUUAGCACUUCACCAUCACUUCCUCCAUGACCUUUCCACGAUUUACGACCACGACGGAUCACCUGUGCCCAACAACCAGGAUGAGAUGGUCAGUAAGCUGUACCAGGACAUUUCAGAGCGUGCCUUCGGUUAUCGUUAUGAGAAGCUUGUGAGACAAACGGCUGAGGGCGACCGCGAUAUGAUCAACAGCGGCAGGGAAACAACCGUCGAUGAUGGUAUCACGGUCAGGCAAUGGGAGGAAGCCAGAGCAGCAGGAACUACAGAUCUGCUAGUUCCCACGAAACACAUCCGUCGACGCCGUGGGGUUGGUCACAACACUGGUGGUCAAGUAUCGACAUCACUUUCAGAACGAGGAAUUGAAAGUGAGGCGGACGAUGCGCCCGCUGCUCUGACAGCUCAGACAGCAGGUUGGAGGCUAAACUCUGGCUUUGUCACAAGCGAUAGCCUCGAGCUAGAUCAAGUCGCUCAUGCGAGUGAUGCGCAGAAUCUCGGUGCCGUUAUGGACGAAGGGGUCAAUCAAUACAGGGAGAUGCUUCCUCUCACCCCCAAGGAUAUGCGCCUUCUCAACUGGCACUUUGCAAACCUGGAGUAUUCCUUUGCUGCGAACCCCGAGAAGCUCAGUUUGACCCUGGCAGACCAGGACUCCGGUAACGAGUUCGAGGGUCUACACUCUAUGGUCGUUGGAGGCUACAAUCAAUUGCCCUAUGGGUUGUAUUCUGUGCCUGACAAGCUGGAAGUUCGAACGAACAGGACAGUCACCAAAAUCUCGUAUGGCACCAACGACCAGAAUAAUCGCAAAGCAACUGUCUACUGUGCCGACGGUGAGAGGUUCGUGGGAGAUCACGUAGUGUACACGGGCUCACUUGGUACGCUCCAACAUCGAACUGUUGAGUUCGACCCACCUCUUCCGGAAUGGAAGCAAAGUGCGGUUGACCGUCUGGGAUUCGGUCUUUUGAACAAAGUCGUGCUUGUCUUCGAUGAGCCGUUCUGGGACGUCGAGCGAGACUUUUUCGGGCUCCUCCGCACGCCAGAAAACCUCGAGAGCAUGAAACAAGAGGAUUAUGCGAACAAUCGGGGCCGUUUCUACCUGUUCUGGAACUGUAUCAGAACAACAGGGUUGCCGGUUUUGGUCGGGCUUAUGGCAGGCGAUGCAGCCUAUCAGGCCGAGCAAAGCACAGAUGCUGAGAUUGUCACAGAAGUGACAACACAGCUAAGAAACGUCUUCAAACACGCCACCGUUCCUGAUCCGCUCGAGACAGUCGUCACCAGGUGGGCGUCCGAUCCAUUUACCAGGGGCAGCUAUUCCUUUGUUGCUGCAGGCGCCCAUCCUGAUGAUUAUGAAACCAUGGCCCGCCCAGUUGGCAACCUGCACUUUGCCGGCGAGGCUACCUGCGGAACCCACCCUGCAACCGUUCACGGAGCCUACCUAUCCGGCUUGCGAGCGGCUGCGGAGAUCAUCGAGGCUACCCUUGGUCCCAUCCAGAUUCCCCUGCCCCUUGUGCCUGACAAGCCUAUCAUCAACGGGGCCACACCGCCAACAGUGGGCGCGGAGUCAGACACGUCGAAGCGCUCGGUCUCAGCGACUCCUCUGAGCCUUCCCAAGGGUGCCGACAAAAACCGUCUGAAGGCCUACGAGCAGGCCAUGUGGACGGCCAUCUACGCCGAGUUGGGUCCCGCUCCAACGCCCCCGACCAAAUCGGCCCGAAACCCGUUCCUGCUCUACCAGAAGGACUUUUGGGUCAAAUGCAAGGAGCAAUGUGACGACGCGCGACGCGUAGCGUCAGGAAACCCCAGUGCGAAGGCGUCUCGAGACGACGUCCGUGCCGCGCUCGGCCUCAUGUGGCGCAAUGCUCCUCAAGAGCAGAGACAGCCAUACAUUGAGCAAGUCGGGGCCAAUCGGAAGGCGAACGAGAACGCCUUAGAACGAUUCAAGAGCGUGGCCGCGGAGUGGAACCAACGCUCACUGGAGGUGAAGGCCAAGUGGUGUGCGGAAAAUCCCAUUGAGACUUGGCAGGCCUCCUCGGAUUCCGCGGCUUUGGGGGGUCAGGUCACCUGA